GGAGAUUUCAUAGAGAUAAAUAGCUUGCGAUCGCCUUGAUCGGUUUCCUCCAGACUCGAAACAUACAUUUGUGUACAUUUCCCGACUCCAAUAAUCUACUUUGUGCAUAUAUUCUUCCACAUUAUCAUUUCACUGAACAGAAUGAACUUCUUCGCCUCUCUCGCCCUUUUUGCCGGAGUUGCUCUGGCCCAGACCGCACAAAUUGGGCUUCCUGCUGCCGGUCAACAGCUAUCCAAGGGUAGCGACAUCACUGUCCAAGUCCAGCGUCCGAACAGCCUAACCGGUUCAACCGAGAUGGCCGUUGCCAUUGGUAUCUCUUCCUGUGCAACCCAGGCUUGCACUCCUUCCGAUGAGUUUAUGGGCACCAUCCUCUAUAAUGGACCAUUCAAGCCCGAAUAUCAUGAAUCCGCCUCGCCUCCGUAUCAGAACUUCACCGUCACCGUUCCUUCCAGCUUUACUGCCGGCAAUGCUCAAAUUAACGUUGCUCAUGCUACAUUGAUUGGGGCUUCACAAUAUCCUUUCCUGGAGGCACUCAACCGCACUGUGGUCGUUGCCUAAUAUUUGACCAAAACCUCUUAUCUACGACCGACUUGCACAAAUUUACGCUCAUUGCAUACAUUGAACAAUUCAUGUUAUUCUAUACUACAAUGUCUUUAUAAUUGGAAAUACGAUUCUCGAAAUAUACACUCUUUGAAGUCAAU